CUGCUUCUGAUUCCUCCAAUCAGCUUUCUCCAAAUAGUCUCGCGGUCCUUGUUCAAAACACAGAACCGACUGCUGAGCUGCGUUCCUGUAACAACGGUAUAUCUGUAAUAAUCUGGAAAAGAGACAAAGGAGGCAUAUAAACGGCAUCCGGUUGUUUUAAUUCCACAAUGGCAGAAGGAGGAGAUGUGGAAUGGGAGCUGAGCAAAGAAAACAUCCAGCCACUGCGGCGGGGCAGAGCCAUAUCAGCCUUACAUCACGCACUCAGUCAACAACAGGAUGGACUCAGCUCUGCCAUCAACCAGCAGAGGCAGGCCUUUGAGUCUGAACUGCGCAUGUAUGACGGAGAUGAUCCACUUGAUGUUUGGGAUCGGUAUAUUAAGUGGACAGAGCAAACCUUCCCUCAGGGAGGGAAGGAGAGCAACCUCGCCACAAUUUUGGAACAAGUCGUGACCAGAUUUACAGAGGGAAAUAAAUAUUAUGACGAUCCUCGCUAUGUUGAGCUCUGGAUCAAAUUUGCAGAAAACUGCCCAGAGCCCUUGGACAUUUACAGGUACAUGCAGGCUCAGGGAAUAGGAGUGACACAGACGUCCCUCUACAUCGCUUGGUCUGAAGAAUAUGAGAAUCAGGGCAACUGUCGCAAAGCUGACCUGGUUUACCAGGAAGGAUUCAAGAAGUGUGCGGAGCCGCAUGAUAAACUCCUGCAGUUUCACAAGGCUUUGCAGGCUCGUGUGUCCCGGCAGGUCAUGAUGAACGUGGAGGAGGACGACAGUGAUGAUGAGCCCAAAGAACCUCAGAGAGUUUCUCUAGCUGACCUCAAAUCCAGAGGGAAGAAAAAGGCCAUCGCCCCCAUCAACAGAGUCGGGUCUGCAAUCAGAAGUAUUCCUGGAGGCAUUCAGUCACACGGCGCCUCUGUCCUCGGCAAUGCUUCAAACAGUAAGUUGGUGGUCUUUGAUGAGAACAAGACUCGUGCUGGCCCUUCAGAGCCUAAGUUGGAGUCUUGGGCGGCCCCUCCCACUUCCAAAGCAAAGGAGAACGAGCAGAAGCCUGGAAUAUGGUGUGACGUCAAGAUGCCCCAGAAGUCCAAAUUCGGGCAUACGGUUAUGGCCCCACCGCCUCCCAAACCCACCUUCCAACCCUUUGUUGAGGAGUCAGACCAGCCUCCAACAAUGACUCCUUGUAAGAUUAACCCGGCAGUAAACUCAGUUUUAUCAGCACGUAAGCCCUGCAGAGAGGAAACUCCUUUAAAGAGACUACAGGAGCACCACCAGCAACAGAAGGAAGCAGAAUCAGGAAAACUACAUGAGCAGAGCAUGUACUGUAAAGAGCUGCUGCUCAGCGGCGCCACUGAAUUCUGCUUUGAGGAACUGCGUGCUGAACGCUACUUCAAAAAGGUGACGCAGGAGGUCAAAGGUGAAAAGGAUCCAGCUAAUGCCACUCCAAACUGAUGCAUCUGAGAAGACUUUUUUCAAAUGGAUUUUUACCUUCGUAUAGUCAAAAAUGGAUCUGCAAAUAUCAUGUAGUUACUGCUAUGUAUUGUCUGUUAUCCUAUUGUAAAUAUAUAUUUUUUAGAGAUCCAGUUACAGUUAAGUGGUAAAGCUUUUUAGAAACGCUUUGAACUGAAGACCCAGUAUUUCAGUUGUGUUGGAUUCGUUUUAAUACAUUUAAUGUCAUUGUUCUUAAGAACAGUCUUUUCUUUUAUAUGUGCUACCUUUGUCGAUCUGUCUUUGUUCAGUAUUUCUUGGGCAGAUGUUUUAGUACAAUUCCAACACUUGUCGAAAGAGGCCUUCAGUGAGGUGAUUCAACUGAGUUUAAUGUCUCAGUCUGAGGGAAAUGUCCCUGCCAGGCCAUGUGUCAUUGGUAUUCAAUAAACUAGUGAAAUGUU